AUUUGACGGUUUUCUCUGAGUGUACAUGCUGAGCAGUGUCUAUCCGAGCGGUCCGCGCCAGCACUGCCAGGCUUAGGAUGGCGCCAGGUGGCGAGGAUGUCGGGGGGAAUCUUUGCGCCGUUGGCCCACUGUUUGAUAUACGAGCGCAUAUACAAUUGGAAUACGACGUGCUCUUCAACCCAGGUCAUCCACCACCGAUUCCUCCCACGCGCUCUUUCCCACUCGAGAAGCAGGAGCUCGCGCAGCACACCGACGGCGACGGCGACGGCGUCGGCGGCAGACGCGCCGGCAGAAGCUGCGCCGCAGCGAUGCCGGCGACCGAGAGCAGCGAGCUGCAGCCCGCUGGCCGUGGGUCGUGUGGGGGUUCUGCGCCGACGCCUGGACUUCCGCCAUUGGAGGGUGGUCGCAUCCCAGAUCUGCCGCCGCUGCUGCCGGCGACGUUGUCCUGUGAGCGCCGCUGGUCAGAUCUACCGGCGUCGGAACUCGCGGCACCUGACGCUGCGGCAGUUCAUGAUCCGCGAGCUCUCGAGGGCGCCUUGUUCAGAGCGGUAGGCAAUGGAGGAUGCACCAUCGGAAUGCCGCGCGUUGCAGCGCAAGAUCCAAAUCGAGGUGUGCGCAUGUCGUAUAAGGAUUUGCUCCAGUCGGUGACACAUAUGUCGGACGUUCAAGCGGUUCUUGAUUCAUCUGAAGCUCGCUGGGCUGACCAUACAACAGAGCACAGCACAGAUGUGGUGGAUGGUGGUGGUAUUUCUGAAACUCUAUUGGCGGAUCUUACAGCGGAGCGCAGUACAGGUGGAGUGCAUAUCGUUGGAUUUUCUGAGGCUCAUAUAGCGGAGCACAACACAGGGGAGCUGGGUUGCAGUGAAAUAUUUGAAACUCCAUUGGCUGAUUAUACAGCGGAACACAUCACAGGUGGAGUGCAUGUUGGUGGGGUUCCUCAAGGCCCAACGACUGAUCAUAUAGUAGAGGACGGCACAGGUGGAGUGGGUGGUGUUCGGUUUGAUGUAAUCGACAAUUUAGUCCAACGCUGUACACUGCAUGACGUUUCAUCCGGGAAGGAGUCUGAUGAAGACACUACAUCAGUUCUUGGAAGCUAUUUGCAACGUGGCAUUUUUAGUGUCAGUGACCACCCGGUGCCGGAUGACGCAUUCAACCAUGAAAACAGCAACGACCACCACCAAGAUGAAGCCGUUGGUCAGUGCCAAUGCGUAACUGGCAAUCCAUAUUUCCAUGUGAUAACAGAAGUUUGCAUUGAUGCGUCGGCUCCUUGGAAGAAAAGGGGUAGGUCUGCGACAAACCGGACUCGGUCAAAUGUCCGCAUGCCGAAAGGCAUGAUUCCAAUUGAAAUAGCAUUGAGGAAUGCUUCACGGCGUAAAACGGGAUACAUAUUUGAGCCAGUAUUGGGUAUCACUUUUGACUCAGAGAAUGAAGGAUAUGAAUUCUACAACAUGUAUUCAUGGGAAGUUGGUUUUGGGAUCAAAAAGGAUAAUAUUGCCACAAAUAGGAAGACUGGAUUCCAAACAAUGUGCGAAUUCCGGUGCCUAUGCUUGGAUCUGGUUUAUCCACCACCAUCCAACUGAACUUCAAAUUAGAGGAACAUCAAUACACCGGAUGUUUGCAUCGAUCGUCGACUUCAACAGUGACACUAUCAAUGCCAUUGUCCGCCUAUACCAUACAUUGGAUGAUGAACUAUACAGUAUACACUUUUUACAGCGAGACAAGGUGUAGGCACUUCAUAACAUCUGAGUUUGCAAGCGCGGUCCUUGGUGGCAAUGAGUCAGAACUGCUCACAAGUUUAAGGCAUAUUUUUGACGGUUACCACAUAACAUAUGACAUUGGCCAAUUGUAGUAUGGUUUUAGCACCGGUUCUGCUUGAGUGCAGUUGGUCGCUCUAUGUUUGGAACUUUCAGCAUAGAAAGAUUGUGGUCAUAGACCCGGUGGAAAUGUUUUCCGGCUACAACAAAGUCAUGCGCAAACAUGAAGAAAACGUGGAUAAAAUGCACGAAGCUAUGACCAACUGUAAGGAACAUUUUUUCCCGAACCCUCUUGUCAACAUGGAUGGAUGGAGACAUGAAUUUUUGUCGGUAAAUGGCGCAAAUGGUUUGAGGUCGUAUUCCGGCCUGUACACGAUGUUUUAUGCCCGCUACUUUGAUGGGAAUAUGAUAACAAGGAUACUCACAACGGAGUCACAAGAGCUUCAUAGAUGCAACAUCCUCCACCAAUUGUUGAGCAUGCAACAGAACAUUGGUCAACUGCCGCCACUUAUAAAAGAUGCGCUGGCUGUGGUCACAUAACCAGCAUGUACCCUUUUCUGUCAUCAGUGGGUCUGCGGGCACUUGAUUUAUUUUGGACACCAGCGAUGUAAUGGUCUGCCGUUGCUCGUUAAUAGCACCGUCAACAUACUGCAUUUUGUGUUUUCAGCCCGUGAGUUGGCAUACUGCAAACCCAGAUGUUUAAUUUUGCAGCCCCAAAUGCUAUAUUUGACAUAGGAGAACCAUUGUUAAUGUGUGGGCAAUGUGGGCAGUGUGUGGGCCA